AUGGCAGACGUUCUUGUUGUGCCUGUGCCGAGGCCAUGGAUUGGUUAUCCGAAGGAGUACACUCAUGAGCCGGGCAAGCUUAUAUCCUCCUACUCGUCGGACUUCUAUGGGAGUUCAGAUGUUUUUGAUAAACAAUUUCCCUCUUCCUCCACUGAUUGGUACUCAGUCUUCUACCCCUGCGCAUCAAAUUCCCCUCUGGACUUUCAUUUACUGCGGCACCCUUCCCCAUCACUUCAAACACAACAACGGCCUCGAAAGCCCUCUAAAACGAUGCUGAACCUGCAUAGUUUGCCGGGACAUCCCAUGCCUCUCAUAGAGGACAGGCGCUACACGCCCCUCCGAGUGGAAGGCCCUCGCACUUCUGCAUAUUCGCAGAGUGUGUCUCCAUUCACGACACAGCUGGACAUCAACAGCACGCUUUCGAGCAACGGAAGCACUUAUUGUGAAUCUGACCUUGACCUACUUGACCACUGUGACGAGCCUUUCACCACAGGCAGUGUGGAAACACACGCUGGGCUAGUGCACCCAGCACCACGGAGUAACAUGUUCCCGGUGGCUAGCAAUCCCUUCCGCUUGGGCACUGAAGAAAUGCCCUCUUUUUCAUCAUUUGGGGUUCCAGAUACUCCGGGAGAUGAGAAAGACUUUUCCAACUCUCAGUUCAAUAUCCCAAACUCAGACAUCACCGACUAUCCCAUGAGCUCACCCCCCAAUAAUUACCCCCACAACCCACAUCUCGUGCCUUCAUCUACCACACGUCCAAAUUCAAGGCCGGGAAACUGGGAUGGGUAUCUCACAUGGUCUGGCUGCGCUCCAUCAAACGACGAUGAUAUCUGGUAUCCUACUCGUGAUCCUAGUGGCUCAUCAGAGGAUGGCGGCUGGCAAACCCACCACGGCUAUAAUGCACCUUGGCCCAUCUCCAAUGCAUACACCUGCCCAAACGAGUACAAUCCACCUGCAACCCAUAUUUAUGGACCGAGUCACAGACUUCCCAUUCCUGCCUUUGGACCUGUGCCUAUGACUUUGGCCCCACCUGUGCCCACCAGGCCCAUGAGCCACAUCUCCCAUUUUCCAGUUUGCGGAGUCUACGUACCCUCCAUCGAGGCUCCUCAGUAUCAACCUGAACCAUACCCAAUUUGCCUCGCAAAGCCGCAGGCAAUUUCCUCAGACACAGAAUUUGGAUCCCCGGACCAGAAAUCAUCAAAAAGUCUCAGCUCAUCCUUCUCUGCCUCAACCAACGAAGAGGAACGAUCCUCGCAGCAGAGCGGAGAAGAUCAAGCCAUUAUCGAAGCUGGCUUGCACUACACCGACGAGCGAAACACAUUCCUCAUUGACUGCAAGCGCCGUGGACUAUCAUAUAAGGACAUCAAGCGAGUUGGCGCGUUCAAGGAGGCGGAGUCUACAUUGCGAGGCCGAUACCGCACCCUCACCAAGUCUAAAGAGCAGCGCGUGCGAAAGCCUAAAUGGCAGCAUAAGGAUAUCCAACUCCUUUGCCAAGCCGUCACCAUUCACGCGGAAUCACACGAUGCUUACAGUUCACUGACCAACGUCAGCGUCAACAUGAAUGAGCCCCCAAAGGUAUCUUGGAAGAAGGUUGCCGAGCAAAUUUGGGUGAAUGGCGGAUCUUAUCAUUUUGGUAAUGCUACUUGCAAGAAGAAGUGGUGCGAGAUUCAUAACAUCACGCUUUGA